GUGACCAAACCUGCAUACAAUAUUCUAGGUGCGAUCUUACCAAGGAAUUGUAUAAUCUUAGCAUCACCUCCUUUUUUUUAAACGCCACACCUAGAGAUGUAACCAAACAUCCUAUACUGGCCAUUUUAAUUGCCUCCCUACACUGGCGAGAGUGGGACAUGGAAGCCUCAACAUACACACCAAGAUCUUUCUCAUAAUCAGUUCAUAAUCAGAUUAUUGAACUGUUUCAGGAAAUGGGCAUCUUUAAUCAGAAUUAAAAACUGUGAAAUAGUUCUAAAAAGUUUCUUAAAAUAGGCCUACCAGCUUAUGUGCCAGUUUAGUCCUGUAUUAACGCUUUUAAUGACGGCAAUGAACACAUAACGAGCGAACGUGAUUAGGUGGCCUAACGUUCAUUAAUCCCAAAGAGACGAUAACUUCCGUAUUUAUUUGAAACACUUAAAUACAUUAAUCGAAAGCUUUCUUUUUUUACUUUUCCAAUGCAUUAUUCUUGGGUUGAAUAUGCUUGUCAUCUGUGCCCCAAAAGUGAAACCUCUGCCAAGCAUGAGUCGGGAUCCGCAUUAGCAAACUUAACCAGCUAAUUCGGAAAUUAAAAAAAGAAAGAAGAACUAGCUGCCAAAAUGGGCGUCUGGAAACGGCCUUAACUUUCGCGCACCAACCGUUUACUGCUGAAGCUUUAUGCAGACGCGAACAUGGUUGCAACAAAAAAAACGGCUGAGAAAUCAGCUGUUGAAAAGCGCUGCUUCGGAUCCAGCAAAGUAGCACUUAAUGAUGCAACGUGCGCCUCCCCUCGGAGCGCCUCGGUCCGCGUCAGUCCGGGGAGAGGAGGCUCUGUGCGGCUGCCGGCCGUCGCUCCGCCCCCAGUCAGCCUCGCCUCCCGGAGACUAUCCCGUUAGCUACUUCACUCGGCGAUGCAUAUUUACCCCUGUGCCGCAAGCCUGUUCCGAAACGGCGCAAAAUUAGAGAAGAGGGCCGGGAAGAAAGAAAAAAUAUGUAAAGUUAUUUACUCUGACGUCAAUUAGUGCACAAAAUGGCGAGACAGGCGCGGAUAAAAUAGCUGCUUAUUUGCAGAACAAAAUUGUUAAGAACUACAAUUUCUUCAUGCGGGACCGAUGAGACAACUGGAAACGCAACAAUCUCGGCUGAUUUAAAAAAAUGAUUGCGAUCGGCAACAAUUUGUAAGCGGCAACUUUUUAUAUAAUUUUUUCCAGCUUCUCAGUUGGAGGCAUCAUGUUUCUCGAUGGAAAGUAAUGAGGUCGCGUCUCGGCAUCGCGUUCAAUCCGGACCGCACUGCAACUUCUUCCGUCGCGUUGGACAGUUACAAAUAAAGAAAACCGACACAAUGUUUUUCCUGUAAGUGCAACAUGGCAGUCCUUUAAGACUGUACCCGAACUGCCGUCGGAUGUAUAGCUACAUUGUCUGGACUAAUUUUAAGGGAUGUUAUCCAUGGAUGCAAAUAGGAGAAAUAUUAUUACCCUUAGGUAACACUACUUGUUUAGCAAGCUAAUGUACUUCGAUCAAAACCUAAACAUGUAUGAUAAUCGUCCAAUAUAGCAAAGCAAUAGCCUUCAACGCAAAUUAGAUCGGGUGUUUCAUUUCAUUUGCAUUAUAUUUAACCUGUACGUAUAUUUAUUUAACCAUGGCUGUGAGGUCAAGAAGACCCUGGAUGAGCGUUAUUGUCGGGGUGUUCCUUGGAUUUACUGCGGCGUCUUGGCUCAUUGUUCCCCGGGUCUUGGAAAUCAGCGGCAAGAGGAGAAAAUCUAAUAUGUGCUCCUACUACGGUAAUGCCGGGAGCGUGGGUAAAGUGCGGGAUAUGGAGGAGAGCACGGCGAGCAGCAAUGCGUGGCAGAAGGACAGGAGCCCUAUGUCCAGCCAGGAGGCGAGCGAGGAGGAGGGGGAGAGCAUGCACAGAUCCAGCAACGACAGCGGGCAUGGAGGAGAUCCCUUCCCGCAGCCCAGGAAUUUCCUAUACGUCGGUGUCAUGACGGCCAAAAAGUACCUGGAUUCACGGGCCGUGGCUGCCCAUAGGACGUGGACCAGAACCAUCCCAGGGAAGGUGGAGUUCUUCUCCAGCGAGAGAUCAGACACGGUGCCGCUGCCCGUUUCCUUACCCGUGGUGUCCCUGCCGGGGGUGGACGAUUCCUACCCUCCGCAGAAGAAGUCGUUCAUGAUGCUGAAGUACAUGCACGACCAUUACCUGGAUAAGUACGAGUGGUUCAUGCGGGCGGAUGACGAUGUCUAUAUCCGAGGGGACAAACUGGAAAGCUUCCUGCGGUCGCUGAACAGCACAAAGCCGCUCUACUUGGGCCAGACGGGCCUGGGCACCACCGAGGAGCUGGGCAAGCUGGCCCUCGAACCCGGGGAGAAUUUCUGCAUGGGGGGGCCGGGCAUGAUCUUCAGCAGGGAGGUUCUGCGGAGGAUGGUACCCCACAUCGGAGCCUGUCUGCGGGAGAUGUACACCACCCACGAGGACGUGGAGGUGGGACGCUGUGUGCGGAGGUUCGGGGGCACGCAGUGCGUCUGGUCCUACGAGAUGCAGCAGCUGUUCUACGAAAACUACGAGCACAACAAGAAGGGCUUCAUCCAAGAGCUCCACAGCAGCAAGAUUCACAACGCCAUCACUCUUCACCCCAACAAGAAGCCCGCCUACCAGUACCGGCUGCACAGCUACAUGCUGGCCCGGCGCAUCUCUGAGCUACGGCACCGCACCAUCCGGCUGCACCGCGAAGGCGUGGCCAUGAGCAAGCUAAGCGACACCGAGGCUCGACGCGAGGACCAGCAACUCGGCGCGAUGCCCUCUUACACCCGCUUCCAGCCCACCAGCCGAGCCGACGUCAUCGAGUGGGAUUUCCUGACGGGGCGGCACAUCUACUCUGCAGGAGAGAACCAGAUGCCCCGGCAGGGCCAGGGGAAUGCCCUCCGGGGUGCCCUGGAAGACACCGUGCUCCAGGUUAUGGAAAUGAUCAAUGAAAACUCGAAGGCCCGUGGGCGCGUGAUCGACUUCAAGGAGAUACAGUAUGGCUAUCGGAGGGUGGACCCCUUGCAUGGGGCAGAGUACAUUCUGGACCUCCUGCUCCUCUACAAGAAGCACAAGGGGAGAAAGGUGACAGUGCCCGUCCGCCGCCAUGCCUACCUGCAGCAGUCCUUCAGCAAACCUUUCUUCACUGAGGCUGAGGAUCUGGACGUAACCGAGUUAGUGGAUGCCAUCAACUCACAGUCCUUCUCAUUUCUGUCCAACUCCCUGAAGAUCUUCUCACCUUUCCAGUAUACGGAGUCGACCAAAGAGAUGCUUGAGCGCAGCCAGAAGAAGAUCCACUUCCUCGUCCCCCUGACGGGGAGGUAUGACGUCUUUGUGCGGUUCAUGAAGAACUUUGAGAAGAUGUGUCUUAUUCCCAGUCAGAACGUCAAAUUGACUGUGAUUUUGGUAGAUAAUGACAGCAACCAAGACAGAGAAAAGCAUAUAGAGCUGAUCAGGGAAUAUCACCACAAGUAUCCCAAGGCCGACCUGUCAGUCAUCCCGAUGACUGGCGAUUUCUCCAGGGGCCAGGCUCUGCAAAUGGGUUCGUCGCAACUGGAUAAUAACACCCUGUUGUUCUUCUGUGACGUGGACCUCAUCUUCACCACCGACUUCCUGCAGCGUUGCCGGGACAACGCGAUCCAAGGCAGGCAGGCCUACUUUCCCAUCAUCUUCAGUCAGUAUGACCCUAAAAUCGUCUAUGCGGGCAGCCCCCCUGACAACAGCGAUUUCAUCUUCACCAAGAAAAGUGGCUUCUGGAGAGAUUACGGCUUUGGCAUCUCCUGCAUAUUCAAAAGCGACCUACUGAUGGCUGGUGGCUUUGACACGUCAAUCCAGGGCUGGGGACUGGAGGAUGUAGACUUGUUCACAAAAGUCAUAAACUCUGGAUUAAAGGUGUUCCGCGGUCAGGAGACUGGCAUCAUCCACAUUUACCAUCCAGUUCACUGUGACACUAACUUAGAUCCAAAGCAAUACAAAAUGUGCCUUGGGUCUAAGGCAAGUACUUACGCAUCCACAAUACAGCUAGCCGAACUAUGGCUGGAAAAACAUUUAGGCAUUGGGUACAACAGAACUUCCUCCUGACAUCCCUGCUCCAUUCUCCUCCUAUGGAGUUUACCUCAAUUCUGCAUUCGUGUGGAAAACCGAUGGCGAGAUGCGAGCGAGUUCUUGGGUACUUUUGAGGUGACUUUGUGCAAUGUGUUUUUUUUUUGCCAUUCCAUUUUCUGUAAUUGUCCUUGCUUUCCAUGGUUUGUGAUCCCCAUUGCCGUCUUCCAAAGGCCUUUUUCGAUGCACACGCAGUAGCUGUGAUCAUGCUCCCUGCCCCCCCCCCCCCAGCCCCCGAUCUGCGACCUGCAAUGACAUGCGUUUCUAAGCAGACCUUUUACUGUCUGAAGAUCUGUAUGGAUUCUCAGGAGCAUGUCUUUCAUACUGUGGUCACUUUCUGUGAACGUGUGUGAGAUGAAGACCCUGGUCUGCUUCAGAUGGACAAAGAAAUGCUCGCCGUGGGUCUCUGCCAGCAUCACUGAAACCUUUUUGACAACGGCAAAAACGGCUGAAAUGAAGAAAUGUAAUAAUGAUAGAAAUAAUAAUAAUAAUAAUAAUAUUCCUGAAAGUACCACAAAUGUGCUUUAAAGCUCCACGAGGUGAAAAGACUUUAUGAUAGUUUUCUAAUUUAUACAGAAGGACAUGUUAACUCAACUUUCAUCUGCAGUAUUUUUUAAAACGUGAAUAAUUUCGAUGAUUGUGUCGUUAUUUUUUAGCGCGAAUAUUUCCAUGAUGUAAAAGGUACUGGAUACCGUCCGACAUCUGCUGUCUGUUUAGUGUUAUUUCAGAUCCAAAAAAAUGUCCACUUUUUUCACUCUGUUUUUUGUGACCUUGAUUCUGAUUGGUGACCAUGAAUGGAGAUUUUUUUUUUCUUUAUUUCAGCUUUGUGGCUUUAAAUUCAUUUGGUUUGUUGGCAAGGACAACAAAGUUAUAUUACGAAGGGUUAUUUAUAAUAAAAUGUUAAAAUGCAUACAA